AUGUCUAAUUCCGAAGCAAACGACGAUGGUCAGUUGUCCCUAUCGGAAUCAUUAGUCUCUUUCUCCGACCAACGCGUGCCAUUGCACAGUUUUACUAUCAGAGGGCCAAUAUUUACUGGAGGGCUAACUGGCGUCAUCAAUCGGACAUCUGUGUCGCGGCCGAGGGCAUCCAAGGCCUCCAUAGAGGCCAUGCCAACUGUGACAGUGGCAUCUGAGGAAGGUAAUGAAUGCAUUAUCUGCUUGGAUGGCUUGAAGGUCGGCGACGAAGCCAAGGAAAUGCCUUGCAAGCACAGGUUCCACGGGGCCUGUAUCAAAAAGUGGAUGGGGAUGAGCACUCUCUGCCCGCUUUGCAGGUUCUCUUUGCCGGCAGAGUCAGAAGAGGAAGAAAAUAGUGAUGAUGGUGACGAUUAUGUUAACCUUUUUAGGUCUAUUCUUGAUGUUGUUAACGAUGGCAGUGAUACUGAAGAUGACUCUGAAGGUGAGGAAGAUAUCGGAGGUGAAUGGGAAUCAAACACUGUCGAUGAUGAUGUUGCUUCAGUCGGAGAUAAUGUCACCUUCAGGUUUAGUUUUAGUAUUGAAUAA